GUCAUCGCCACGGACCUUGGAAACCUGAGUUCCUCAACUUUUCUCACCAUUACAGUAGAAGACGAGAACGAUAAUGCUCCACAAUUCCAACACGGCCCACUUCUGGUGGAGCUUCCUGAGACUGCCAAACCAGGGUCAAAGGUGGUACAAGUUGGUGCCGUGGACGCCGAUGCUAAAGGAAUCAAUUCCAAGGUUGAAUAUGUCAUUACUUCCGGUGCAAGGAACGACAUUAGAAUAGAUCGGUUAACAGGUGAAAUAUUCGUAGUUGGAUACUUGAGUCCAGAAACGUUUUACUUGAUUAAUGUUACUGCUGUUGAUGGUAAAGGACUGGCAAGCUCCACGUACGUGAACAUUAGCGUCACAGACGUGAACGACCAUCGGCCAGAGUUUGUUAAAUCUGAAUAUACCUUUAACAUCAGAGAAGGAGAUUAUCGAGAACAACGCUGGAAGCUCGGAGUAUUACACGCCGUGGACGAGGAUACGGGAAAGAACGGACUUGUGGAUUACACGAUAAUGAUGGCUUUCGAUGAAGGUUUUCCAUUUGUAGUUGACGUCCACACGGGAGAAGUUUUCUCUAAAGGUGUUAUUGACCGAGAAACGCUCUCCUCCUACACCUUUUCUGUGAUGGCGUUGGAUUACGGAGAACCUCCGCUAAACUCUACAGUAAAUAUCACGAUAGAAGUUGAAGACGUGAAUGACGAGAGGCCAAAAUUUCUGACAGAUCCAUAUCUAGCUGAGGUCUCAGAAAACAAAGACCCUGGAUUAAAGGUGACAAAAAUCACCGCUGUUGAUGCUGAUUCGGGAGAAAAUGGUCUGGUGUUUUACCAACUAGGAGGAGGUCACCAGAACCAGUUUUACAUUGACAGCAAAGAUGGCACUGUUUGGACCCUCUCAAAACUGGAUUACGAAAAACAGAAAUUUUACAACAUGACUGUGAUAGCUUACGACCACGGGACGCCAAGCCAGAAUUCUUCUGUAAAACUGUGGAUUACUGUUAUCGACACCAACGACAUCGUUCCGGAAUUUCAAAAAUCCGUUUACACGCUAGAGGUCGCUGAAAGUACUAAAGUCGGUGAGUCAUUACUGCUCUCAAAUGACCAUAGUAACCCGCCGAAUUCGGACAAAACUGAGCUGAAUAUCAUUGUUGGGGCAGGAACUGGAGUCCGCUUAUUUUCCUCUCGACUUUACGAAGUAACUGUUGAAGAAAACCAGGUGGCGCCACUACCAGUACUUGAUCUUAAUACCACAGAUGAGAUUGCGUAUAAGCCAGUGCGAUAUGGUAUUUCUGAGCAAGAUGUAGACGGCAUGUUCGACAUUGAGAAAGAAACCGGUCUUUUGAUUCUUACCAGAACCUUAGAUAGGGAAGAAACGUCCCAGUACCUUUUGAAGAUACGAGCUGAGGACCUUCUCAGGAAUCGAUACACACGCUCAG